CCAAUGUUCAUUAGUUAAUUGCGCCAUCUCACGUGAAGGCAUCUUCGACACCGGGUAAAAACUCGCUCGCUCGAUCAACGUUCCUCUUUUACGGUAGCUCUCUAGCAAACACUUGAAUGUGGAAUCCACAGACCACUUCUAUAUUAGUUCCUUCAAAUUUAUCGAUAAAGUUAUCAAAAUGGAAUGUAGGGCGUUAUUUUCACCGAACGGAUAACGAAUUUGUGAAUACUCGUUAUGGAUAUCAUGUAAACCGUUUGGAGGUGCUGAGAAAAACCAAUUGUGAUCGGGAGAAUCCCUCAACAAAGUUAUAUACUGGUCGUCCAUCUAUCUAUUGAACUGAAGUUUGAAAUGGAGUUACCUGCCGCUAUGGCCCAUCUCCUUCGUAUCCUGUGGCUCGCCGCGGCCGUGUUCCACGGAGCGGCACUUGCAGCUUUUGAUGCUCAUCUCGCUAAUUAUGAAGAGCAGGGGUAUUCAUUAUUUAACGCAUCUCUUGGAAGCGAAUGGUCAUAUUCACUUCAUCCAACUUUAACAGGGGAAGAUGCCAAAGAAAACAUUGAAAUUGACACUAAUACAGGAGAAUUAACCCUGUCAAAAAGUAUGGAAUGUUACAUGCUUCAUGAGAACCCUUUCUUGGUUUAUGUGCAAACUCGUGGAAGAACUACAGUUUUAGGCUCAGAAAAAGUUGGUUCGUAUGUGAUGUUACCUAUAGCAAUUUAUGUUCAUGGGUUUGGUUGCCAUCCAAAGAAAGCCAAGAUAAAGAAUUUUGAUCAGGAUGACAUUGAACACACCCCUCUAUCUGCAACACGACCACUGCAGAUAAUGAUGGAAUAUCCAGAAGGAACAUGCUGGUUUCCUGGAGAUAUCUUGUUGAACCUCAAUAACUUCCUUCCUAAAUCACUUUCGGGCUGUCAAAUUAAAUACUUUAUGAGUAAUGGCAAGGAGCAUGAUUUUGAUAUUGAUGCUGCAUCGGGUAAACUACGUAUAGAGAAUGAUGUGGUUUGUGUUUUUGAACACCAAUCAGAACAUAUAAGUGGAUCAGUACACAUUCCGCCAUCUUGCUUAGCAAAGCCUCCUUCUUACUUGACAGACAAAGUGGAGGAGGAGAUGGUGCCUAUUCUGAUUGAGUUGCGAGCAUCGGACACUAAUCGUUUGAAUGCUGAUGGAACAUCAAGAAAACAAGAAAUUGUUCUAAAACGCUUCAGAAGGCAACUUAGGAACACAUAUCCAACAUUCAGUCAGCCCAUAUAUACCCGUCAAGUACCAGAAAAUGAAGAUGAAGGAUAUGUUGUGGCAACAAUCACUGCAACAGACAAUGAUGAUGGUGAUAAUGGAAGGUUAUCAUACAGCCUUGUAGCUCUUGGUGAUGCUCGCAGCCAAAAUAUGUUUGCCAUUGAAGAAAACACAGGAAUUAUCACAACCACUACUUCACUUGAUCGGGAGCAGAUUCAAUCUCAUUCAUUUCGUCUCACAGCAACAGAUCAUGGAACCCCUCCAAAAUCUGCUCAAGUUUAUCUGACGGUCAAUGUAGAGGAUCGCAAUGACCAUACCCCUAUAUUUGAACAACCAAGCUAUGUGGAGACCACAAAUGAAGGUCAGAACCCAGGAACCUUGAUUGUCAGGGUGAGGGCAUCUGAUAAUGAUGUUGGGCCUAAUGCUGAAAUCAGGUACAGCAUCGUGAACAAUGAGAGUCCGAAUGAUGUUUUCACAAUGAACCCCACAAGUGGAGAGAUUAAGACCUUGGUGCGAUUAGACAGGGAACUGAUUGAAAGAUAUAAUAUAUUGGUGAUGGCUCAAGAUAUGGGUACUGAUCCUGGAAAGAAGAAUUCAACAGCAGAAGUGUUGCUGACAGUUCUUGACUUGAAUGACAAUUCCCCUCACUUCUCCCAGUUGAGUUAUGAGGUAUCUGUACGGGAAGAUGUAAGUCCAGGUGACCCUGAGAGCCAAAUUCUACAUGUCAUGGCUACAGAUGCUGAUGAAGGUUCUAAUGCCGAUGUCCAUUUCAGUUUGACCCAUGGCAACUUUGAGAAUCGCUUCAGGAUUGAUUCGCUAAAUGGCUUUAUCUCACUUCAAAAUGGUUUGGAUUUUGAAACAACAAGGAGUUACAGACUGAGCAUUCGUGCCCAAGAUUCUGGUAAUCCACCAAGGGAGAACACAACAACUGUUACAGUAACAGUUAUAGAUGUGAAUGACAACAAACCUCAGUUUACCCAGAAUGUUUACCAGGGUAUAGUGCGGGAAGAUGUUGAUGUUGGAUACUCCAUAUUAUCAGUGAUGGCAAGAGAUGAUGAUCAAUUGGAAAAUGCCAGGAUAACUUUCUCUGUUCCAAACCCUCCUAGUGGAUUUCCUUUUGAAAUCAAUCCUACUUCUGGUUCUAUAACAAACAGUGUCAGUCUUGACAGAGAGUCUGGACAUACUUGGGAGUUUAAUGUCAUUGCUGCGGACCAUGGAGAACCUCCUAAAUCAUCCACAGCUUCGGUCACAAUCACUGUAACUGAUGUAAAUGACAAUGCUCCAAUCUUUCCUCAAGAUGUCUAUUAUGCCUCUGUGGCUGAAGAUGCUUACCAUGGUUUUGAGGUGUUGACUGUGACAGCAACAGAUCCUGAUGAACAGAAUGCUAUUUCCUAUAGGAUAGUAGAUGCCCUGGACCCUACUGGCCGUAUCCCUUUCAACAUUCUCACACAAAACAAUGAAGGAACAAUUACUGUUACGUCUCAACUGAGUUACAAUGCAAAGUCAUUUUAUUCUUUGGCAGUUACAGCAUCAGAUAGGCAGUUUGAAAGCACUUGUACUGUGUACGUAAAUGUGACUGAUGUUAAUGAUUUUGCUCCAGUGUUCCAUAACUCGCCCUACAAUGUUUAUGUCAGUGAAGGUGCGGAUAUUGGAGAGGUUAUUGUUAGAGUGUCGGCAUCAGACAAUGAUGCCGGCGCUAAUGCAGAAGUAAGCUACAGCAUGGAUCCUUCUCCAGUGUUUGAAAUUGAUGAAGAGAGUGGUGAGAUUCGCACCAAGGUUCUUUUAGAUCGUGAAGAUAUCUCCUCAUAUACCUUGUAUGUAACUGCAAGUGAUCAUGGAAUAAACCCACAGCAAUCAAGGGCAUUUGUUCAAGUCAUUGUCCAGGAUAUAAAUGACAAUUCUCCAGUGUUUGAAGAAACAAGCUACAGUGCUGAAAUCCAAGAGAAUUCCUUAGCCUUUACAAGUGUCAUCACAAUUUCUGCAUCCGAUGCUGAUCAAGGUUCAAACAGUGAAGUAAAGUAUACCUUUGAAGAUGGUGAUAGUGGAGGAGGACGUUUCACGAUUGAUGAGACUUCUGGUGUCAUUCGAGUUGCCUCUAUGCUUGACCGUGAGUACCAGGCAGAGUAUGUCCUUGUUGCUGUUGCAUAUGACCAGGGAGUCCCAUCAUUGAAGACCUCGGCAGAGAUAACUGUAGAGAUCACCGACAUCAAUGACAAUCCACCAGUGUUUGAUGAACGAGACUACUAUGUUACGAUCAGAGAGAAUCGUGAUCCUGGAGAACAGGUGAUGAAAUUAGUGGCAUCGGAUCCAGACUCUGGGUUCAAUGCUCAUGUCCAAUACACCAUCGUCCGGGGCGAUCAGGAUUACUUUGAAAUCAACCCUGACACUGGACUAAUCAUCUCUUUAGAGAUGUUUGACUAUGAAGCCAGGAACCAGUAUGAGAUCAUAGUUCAUGCUACUAAUGUCCCAUACUUUGCUGAAGCAACAGUCCACAUCCAGGUUCUUGAUGUCAAUGACAAUGCACCUAUCCUAGGAGAUUUUGAGAUUUAUUUCAACAAUUAUGAAGGGUAUUUUCAUGAGGAAGAUAUAGGACAGGUCCCUGCUACUGACCCUGAUGUCUCUGAUACCUUGACAUAUGAGAUAACAAGUGGAAAUAACAAUCAGCACCUGAUUCUAAAUACAACUACAGGUGGAAUCAGACUCAAUCCUACUCUUAGAGGAUCAGAUAUCCCACAAACCAUUCAGUUUACUGUUCAAGUAUCAGGUAAGACACUUUCACUUACUAUCAGAAUGUGUUCUAAAAUAAAGGGAUACAUUGCAGUUGGUGAUAAUAAGUUGCUAAUUGUAUCAUUGUGGGGGCUUCAUGUUCAAUUUUUAUUGUGGGCAUGUUGGCCCUGAAAAAGUCUAUGCAAACAUACCCACAAAAGAAAACCUGAUGUGUUGUUUAGAGUCUACAUUGAUUCAUUCUUCACCAUGGUAACAUUCAGAAGCUACUUUAAAUUUUAGAAAUAUUACAUAUAGAUCUACUGGAGUUAUGGUAGUAAGGUUGACAUAUUUUAUUUUGUCAUUCUUAGUUUAAUUAAUUCAUGAUGUCAAAUUUCAUUGUACAUCUUGACUGAUUGAACGUGUGCACUCCAUCUUGUAAAUUGCUGCUAUCUUCCUAUUGGAGGACCGAUGUGAGUUUUGAAUAAGAACUACCUACAAACAUAUAUCAUUGCUCGUAGUGCUCAAUGUGAUUUAGAUGAUAUUGGUGCCACAAUCUAGGGAUCGUCAUGGUAACAAAUGCAAGGAGUUGGCUGAUUGUGUCUUUUCUCUCUCCUGCCUAAAUGUGUCUUUAUUAGUACCAGUUUGCAUAACAUACUUUGAAGCACCUUUUCAGAGAUGAUGCUGCCCACUUAGAGGAAUUAUUAGGGUUACUAAUAUAGUAAACAACAUUCCAUAUAAAAUUGAAGCAGGUUUUCUUCACGGACAGAUGGUAGAUUUAUCAACCAAUUUGGUUGCUUGAGCAGUGGCCUAGAAACAUCAACAUUAAGCACCUUAUGAAUGUUACAAUUGUUAUCAUUAUUAUUAGAACAGAGUGUACAACUUAACGUUUUAUAGAUGAAGCAUUCCCUUAAAUACUUGUUUAAUAUAAUAUCAUGAAAAAAUGAUGAGACAACUUGACAAGAUAUUUAUCAUUGCUUGAAUACUGAAGUUAAAUACCUUAGAUUUUAUAUGGUUAUUGACUCCUCAUUUAUACUUCCAAGUAUAGCUAUUCAACAAAUUAAAAUAUAUUGAUGUCAGAAGCUGUCAGGGUGUUUCAUUAGAUUCAGUUCAAAUGAUGGGUAGAAUCAUGGACCUAUAGAAUGAAAUGGAGAUUAACACCUGAAGUACAUUCUUUGAUGUAACAAAUCUGACAUUUUGCUCUGAGAAUAAACCAAUGAGUCACCGUUUCAUCGUAGUGCAUGAAUUGAUGCUGGGAUAGUGAAUGGAGAAAGAUUAUUGUUGGUCGGAUGGAGGCAAAGACCUCUCUUGUAUUUUGUCACCUGCUGCUAAUCUUGUCUCAUCAUUUUAAUUUCCGUCAUUGGGAGCCUGGCUUUAGUUAUUCCUUAUCUUUCAGGAGUAUGCUGUGUCUAAGUAUGAUAAAUUUUUAGAUAUUUUAGUAGACUAGGAGUGGGGGUGGUGAUAAUACUGGGGGCUGAUUUUGUUGAAUAUGAAAUGUAUCAUCAGAGAAACAGUCUAUUUUUUUGCUCUAAAUUACUUCGGAAAGACAUUAUGUCUAUGUGAUCUUUCAUUGUAUAUCAUCAAGACUCGAUAUAUGUAUCAAGAUUUCAUGUCUUUUGUUUGCAAAUCAAACUUGACAGUAAAUAUGCUCUAGUGAGUACUGAAUACAUUCAUUUUUGUUAAGUAUUCAAAUUUAUUCAACACUUCAUCUGACUUUUCUAUACAGGCCCACACAGCAAGACUAGAAGUAAAAGAGUAAACACUGAAUUUUACUGCUCAAUCUUUAAUAUCUGCAUACAUUACUUACAUUUAUAGUCUCCAUGUACAUAUAAAUUGGAAAAUAGUAACAGAAAGAAUUUAUAACAUAUUAUGAUGAUUUCACAAAGUAUGUCUUCAUAAUUCAGAGAACAAUAAAUGAACACGUAAUUCAGUAGGUAACAAGUGACAUCAUUGGACGUAUUCAAAUUGUGGACUAGUUCAACCAGUAGCCUAGUGUCAUGUUGUUGUCUUUCUCCACAAUAUUCAGAAGCUUCAUCUGUACAUUCAUGUAAACAUUUAACUUUGCUAGCCAAUAGACUAUCUGUAAACAGGCAUUAACUAUGCUCAAUAUAACCAUAAUAUUGAGGAGACAGAUAAACAUUACUGAGACUUUUAUGACAUACAGGAUCUCACUGGCGCCUAAAGUUAUGGCUCUCUUAAUAAUUCACAUUGGGUAGAUUAUCACUUUAAGUGAGUAUGACCAAGGAGAUUUCACCAUACCACCUUGAUGUGAUAUUGGAAAACCUCAGUAAAUUGUUCUAAAAAAUCUG